AAAGCAUAUAAUUUUCUGUUUGUGAUAGUGUACUAUUGUUAAAAAUUAUUUAAUAUGCUGCACUAAUGAUACUAGUUUAUUAAUUGUUUUUAAUUAAAGGGAUUAAUUACUUUUGGAUUCGUAUAAAGAUUAUUUACUGACGUACAAUUUAUUAAAGGUGUGACAAGAUGAUGGAAGAUAUGCAAGAAGAGACCCAAUUUGUGGUUGAUGAUGUAAGUAAAAUUAUUAAAGAAGCAAUUGAAGUAUCUAUUGGUGGAAAUGCUUAUCAGCACAACAAAGUAAAUCAAUGGACAUCGAAUGUUGUUGAAGGAUGUUUGGGAAAUCUUACAAAAUUACAAAAACCAUAUAAAUAUAUAGUUACUUGUACUAUUAUGCAAAAAAAUGGAGCAGGACUUCACACUGCGAGCUCAUGUUAUUGGGAUAAUGCUACUGAUGGCAGUUGUACUGUGCGUUGGGAGAACAAAACAAUGUAUUGUAUUGUUUCUGUAUUUGGCUUAGCAAUUUAA